AUGUCCGGUGGCAAAGAAGCAGGUGGGGUCCACCCCUACCAGUCACAGCAGAGCCAGCAGCACGCUCAGUAUGUGGGGCCCUAUCGGCUGGAGAAGACUCUGGGGAAAGGGCAGACCGGUCUGGUGAAGCUGGGUGUACACUGCAUCACAGGGCAGAAAGUUGCAAUUAAGAUUGUGAACCGGGAAAAGCUUUCUGAGUCUGUACUGAUGAAGGUGGAACGGGAAAUUGCCAUUCUGAAGCUGAUUGAACACCCUCACGUACUCAAACUUCAUGAUGUCUACGAGAACAAAAAAUACUUAUACCUGGUCUUGGAACACGUCUCAGGAGGUGAACUUUUCGAUUAUCUGGUGAAGAAAGGCCGUCUCACACCCAAGGAAGCCAGGAAGUUUUUCCGACAAAUUGUCUCAGCUUUGGAUUUCUGCCACAGCUAUUCUAUAUGCCACCGAGACUUGAAGCCUGAGAAUUUAUUGCUGGAUGAGAAGAACAACAUUCGGAUUGCAGAUUUCGGCAUGGCCUCCCUGCAGGUCGGAGAUAGCCUGCUGGAAACAAGUUGUGGUUCUCCUCACUAUGCAUGUCCAGAGGUGAUCAAGGGGGAGAAGUAUGAUGGACGUCGUGCUGACAUGUGGAGUUGUGGUGUCAUCCUCUUUGCCCUCCUGGUGGGGGCACUACCCUUUGAUGAUGACAACCUACGGCAGCUGUUGGAAAAAGUGAAACGUGGGAUUUUUCACAUGCCCCAUUUCAUUCCGCCAGACUGUCAGAAUCUCCUGCGGGGUAUGAUUGAGGUGGAGCCAGAAAAACGUCUCAGUCUGGAACAGAUUCAGAAACACCCGUGGUUCUUGGGAGGUAAGAAUGAACCAGAGCCGGAACAACCGAUCCCUCGGAAGGUAGCGAUCCGACGGAUUCAGUCAGUCAGUGAGCUGGACCCUGACGUGUUGGAUAGCAUGCACUCUUUGGGCUGUUUCCGUGACAAGAACAAGCUGAAGCAGGAGCUGCAAAAUGAAGGAGAGAACCAGGAGAAAAUGAUUUAUUACCUUCUACUUGACCGCAAGGAGAGAUAUCCCAGCUGUGAGGAUGAGGACCUGCCUCCACGCAAUGAUGUUGACCCUCCUCGGAAGCGAGUUGACUCACCUAUGCUGAACCGACAUGGCAAACGCCGACCUGAGCGGAAGUCCAUGGAAGUCUUGAGUGUCACAGAUGGUGGUUCUCCAGUCCCAGCCCGACGGGCCAUAGAGAUGGCACAACAUAGCCAGCGGUCUCGAUCUGUAAGUGGUGCCUCCACUGGCUUAUCUUCUAGUCCCCUCAGUAGCCCCAGGGUCACUCCCCACCCCUCCCCUCGGGGAAGCCCCCUCCCCACUCCGCUCGGCACUCCUGUGCACACGCCUAAAGAGAGCCCCAGCGGCACUCCCUGCGGGACGCCACCGAGCAGUCCUGGUGUGGCCGGCGUGGCAUGGAAAACUCGCUUGAACUCUAUCAAGAACAGCUUCCUUGGUUCCCCACGCUUCCAUCGUCGGAAACUGCAAGUUCCUACACCAGAAGAAAUGUCUAGUCUUACACCAGAAUCAUCCCCUGAGCUUGCCAAGAAAUCCUGGUUUGGAAAUUUUAUCAACUUAGACAAAGAAGAACAAAUUUUUGUGGUCAUCAAAGACAAACCCCUGAGUUCCAUCAAGGCUGACAUUGUACAUGCCUUCCUCUCGAUCCCCAGCCUGAGUCACAGCGUUGUAUCCCAAACAAGCUUUCGGGCCGAAUAUAAAUCAUCGGGCGGCCCCUCCGUCUUCCAGAAACCUGUCAAGUUCCAAGUUGACAUCAGCUACUCCGAGGGGGGAGAGGCACACAAGGACAGUGGGAUCUACUCAGUCACCUUCACCCUCAUCUCAGGUCCCAGCCGUCGGUUUAAGCGGGUUGUGGAAACGAUUCAGGCACAACUACUCAGCACACAUGACCAGCCUUCGGUGCAAGCCCUUGCAGGUAGGUAUGAAAAGAACGGGCAGCAGCCCCGUUUCCCGGGCACCCCAACCCGCAGCUGCCAGCCGUCUCGCCGCUCUGAAUCAGACAUCCCAUCCGAACAAUAUCGACAUGGCUCCAAGGACAAGAAGCUUGUCUCCUCUAACGGGACUCAAGUCCAGCAACCACAAACUCCAUCCCCACAGCAGCCAUGACACAUGGGGCAGGAGAGCACCACGAGGGUGGCUGGGGGGAAAAGCAGCUGAAAGAAGCCACGUCCAGCCCCUGGAAAUAGCUAAAGCCGCCCCUAAUGGACAGAAGGAGCCAACCAGCCCCAUGGAUGGGUCAAGGCCCACCAGGGACGCAAGGGACAGGGUGGGAAGAUGGAGAUUGGUCCAGAUUUAAUGACCCCGCCUCACCCUGGGGCAGAAAGUGGCCGUGUUGGGAGAGGCCCAUACUGUGAACUUGUAAAUAGCUAAUGAAGAACAGAAAAACAAAACAAAACCAGUCCACAAAAGAACAGGAGGUGGGCAGAAAAACACAACAUGGAACCGAAAACAAAGACAAUGGACUGAAAGAAAAAAAAAAAAAGGAAAACAUACAUGAGGAGGAGAAACCGGGCAGGAGCCGGUGGGGGGGAGGGAUUUAAUCUGAUUCCUUUGGUGGGACGGUGGGGGUCUUUAUUUUCUUGAACCCUUUCAGACUCCCUCCUGACUUCCUUGCCUUGAG